AUGUUCUUAAGAAGCGUUAACCGUGCCGUCACUAGAAGCAUUUUGACUACGCCCAAGCCAGCCGUAGUAAAAUCAUCGUGGAGAGUUUUUACUGUUGCUAACUCUAAGAGAUGUUUCACACCCGCUGCAAUCAUGAGGAACCAAGAGACCCAAAGAGUAGGUGAUAUUUUGCAAUCUGAAUUGAAAAUUGAGAAGGAAACGUUACCAGAGUCAACGUCGUUAGACUCAUUUAAUGACUUUUUGAACAAAUAUAAGUUCUCAUUAGUAGAGACACCCGGUAAGAAUGAAGCUGAAAUAGUUAGAAGAACCGAAUCAGGCGAAACAGUUCAUGUUUUUUUUGACGUAGCUCAGAUUGCUAAUCUGCCUUACAACAACGCAAUGGAUGAAAAUACCGAGCAAAAUGAAGACGGCAUUAAUGAGGAUGAUUUUGAUGCUUUAUCAGACAACUUUGCCAACGUUAAUGUUGUUAUUUCUAAAGAAAGCGCAAGCGAACCUGCAGUCUCAUUUGAAUUACUAAUGAAUUUACAGGAAGGUUCAUUUUAUGUUGAUAGUGCUACUCCAUACCCCUCAGUUGAUGCUGCUUUGAAUCAGUCUGCUGAGGCCGAAAUAACAAGAGAAUUGGUAUACCAUGGCCCACCUUUUUCAAACUUGGACGAAGAACUACAAGAAUCUCUGGAAGCUUAUUUGGAAAGUAGAGGUGUCAAUGAAGAGCUAGCCUCUUUCAUUAGUGCAUAUUCCGAGUUCAAAGAGAAUAACGAGUAUAUUUCUUGGUUGGAAAAGAUGAAGAAGUUUUUCCACUAA